AUGGGAAUCACAUUUGUCUUGGCUUCUGCGUAUAUGUACUGGCAAAAGACACCCCAUUUCCCCUUUGGCGCACCAGAAGUUCGCUCACUGUUGGUCGCUCGAGGGUUUUGCGGCUUCUUCGGGGUCUUUGGCAUGUAUUACAGCCUGAUUUAUUUGCCACUGGCCGACGCGACAGUGAUCACUUUUCUUGGACCCGGCUUAACUUGCUGGGUGUGCUCGAAAUUGCUCAAAGAACCAUUUACCAGGGCUGAGAUGAUUGGGACUUUCGUGUCGUUGAUAGGUGUGCUGUUCAUCGCUCGUCCUACAUCUCUUCUCCAUGCCUUCGGUCCUUCUGCGCACAUGUCGGCGCCAGAAUCUCCUGGAGCAAAUGCUGGUCCAAAUCCGUCUGAUGCCAGUGAUUAUGGCAGUAUCACUCCUGCGCAACGUCUAGAGGGUGUCGCUGUGGCAUUGCUGGGUGUUUGUGGGGGCGUAGGUGCCUUCACCACUAUACGCUGGAUUGGCAAGAGAGCGCACGCUCUUCUCACAGUCAACUAUUUCGCGGCGUGGUGCACGUUCGUGAGUCUGGUCAUGCAAUUCGCUUUCCCUUCGAUUGGUUUCUUGCUGCCCACAAAUUUGAAAGAUUGGGGACUCCUGAUAUUCCUUGGAACGUCCGGUUUCAUCAUGCAAUUCUUACUGGCAACUGCUCUGUCGUAUGAAAAGUCCUCGCGCGUGACAAAUAUGAGCUAUACCCAACUCCUUUUCGCCCUUGGCUUCGAGAAAGUCGUAUUUGGGCACACCCCUGGCAAAUUAUCCAUCAUAGGCUCGAGCCUGAUCCUUGGGUCGGCGAUUGUGGUGGCGUAUCAGAAGAGUACUUUCGAGAGCAAAGAGCAUCCAGAAGAGAGUGGUGCGCAAGGCGACGAAGAAGCACAAAGGGGCCUAAUCGCCAACGUCGAGACUGGCGAAGAUCACGAACGGUUGCCUUUGCAAGAUAUGCAAUUGACGACUUUACGCUGA